AUGUCUCUCAAGCCCGUCACUCUCUAUGCCCACGGUCCCGGCCCCAACCCAUGGAAGGUUGUUAUUGUCCUCGAGCAGCUGGGCAUCCCUUAUGAAACGAAGGAAGUCGCCUUCCCGGAUAUGAAGAAGGAACCCUUCGAGUCCAUCAACAUCAAUGGCCGAGUCCCCGCAAUUGAAGAUCCCAACACUGGCAUCACCCUUUGGGAAUCCGGCGCUAUCCUGGAAUACCUCGUCGAGACCUAUGACAAGGAGCACACCAUUAGCUUUGCCUCCGGCUCGCAGGACUACUUCCUCGCCAAGCAGUGGCUGCAUUUCCAGAUGAGCGGCCAGGGUCCUUACUUUGGCCAGGCUGUCUGGUUCACCCGUUACCACCCAGAGCAAAUUGAGAGCGCCAAGGAGCGAUACUACAAUGAAAUUCGCCGUGUCUCGGGCGUGCUGGACCGCGCCCUGAAGGGCAAGGAAUACUUGGUCGGUGAAAAGUGGAGCUAUGCCGAUCUUUCUUUUAUUCCUUGGUUCGGUAUUCUCGACUUCCUGGGUAUCAGCAUCUCCGAGUACCCCAACCUUGGGGCUUGGUUGGACCGUCAGAAGGCUAAGCCCUCUGUUGCGACAGCCCUGGAGGGCCGCAAUGCUGCGAUGGCUGCUCUAUCAUAG